CACGCGGCGCGCAUGGACCGCCGUGACAACGCGUCACGUGCUUGAGCGGCUGAGGGCGGAAGUGGAGACUCCUGUCUUCCUGUCCCAUCCCUCCCUGCUUUCGGCCGAGUACAGCUACACCAACUGGAACUGGUGCUGCUGAGAUCCUCUCAACCCGACUGGUUUCAACAAUCAGCCCCUCAGGAUAGCAAUGGAUCACAGUGGAGCCAGUGAAGGUCCUGGUCCAGGCAGAAGACCCUCCAGUCCCUCCUCUGGGACACCCAUGGGGGCCCAGGGUAGUCAAAGACCCAAAGUAAAGAUAACUCCCUUCCACAGCUCUCCCAUAGUCAGCAGUGAUGGAGCUCUCCGCAGGAAACGACCAGGAGCAGCUUAUGGGAAACUGCUGACGCCUCCUAGCAGCCUGUUUCGGGACACACCAGGUCGGCUGACUGCUCCACCUGUCAGGGAGAGACUCGCUGUUGCUGCCGGGAGCCCAGUGGAACAGACCCCCAGCUCAGGCUUUCUGCUGGACACUACAGGAGCUAAAGCACAGGCAAGCCCUCUUGCCAUAAAGACUCCUGGCCGGAAGGCACCAACGUCACGUCUGGCAGACUCACUAAAGUCUGGACCACCAGCUAGCACUGCACUUUGUGACAGCCAGAAAGGCAGAGGCAAAGAGAGGAGAGCUGCCUCCACCGCCGCCAAACCUCAGUCAGCUGUGAAGAGGAAGAAGAGGAAGAUGGGAAUGUACAACCUGGUCCCCAAGAAGAAGACCAAGGCCCUAAAACAGCAGGAGAAGAGAGGAGAGGAGCCAGCAGCGAGUGCAGAGAAGAACCGACCUGCAGCAGCUGAGAAACCAGUGCUUCUAACAGAGACUCUGAAGGCCGGAGAACCGCCAGCCGCUGGAAAUGACGUGCAGGUGGAGGUGGAGCCUGGAGCGGGCAGCCGUGUGGAAUACACAGAGCUGACUUUGGACUGCCUGGACCUGAAGGCUCAGGAAGAGCUGCUCUCACCCCCCCUGUCUGGUGCGGCAGCAGAUGCUGACGUGACAGAAACCGAGCUGGCUGAGGAGUUACCGCUGUGCUGUUGUCGUAUGGAGACGCCUCAUAGCGGGGGAAGCCUCUCCACACUGGAUCAGACCUGCAUGGCCAUGGAAAGCGCAGAUGGAAUGCUGAGUCGUUGCCAGAGGCGAGUGAUGAAGCAGGAAAUGAUGCGGCCCUCCAACACGGUCCAUCUGCUGGUUCUGUGUGAGGACCACCGGGCCGGCAUGGUUAAGCACCAGUGCUGCCCCGGCUGUGGACUCUUCUGCAGGGUGGGCACCUUCAUGGAGUGCAGGCCAUAUGGCAGCAUCUCCCACCGCUUCCACCGUGACUGUGCCUCCAUCUUGAAGGAUCUCAAGUUUUGCCCCCACUGCGGAGAGGACGCCAGCGGGGCGAAGGAGGUCACAGUGCCGAAGGCUGACCCGUCGCCCUCUGUGCCCAGAUCGAACCCAGGGCCAUCGCUUCCAGCCGUGCCCACUGUGGCCGCCCUGCCGUCAGUGCCGACCACGCCUGCUGUUCCACAGAUACUUCGAGCCAAGAAGACCAGCGAGCCACAGAGGGACAGAGACGAGAGCCCCAGCAGGUUAAAGGGCGAGGCUGUGUGUGCUGCAGAUAGAGUACCUAAAGAAUCACUGGAGAGCAUCCUGAUGGCACUGGACGAUGAGAACCUAAAACCAAAGAAAGUGAAGUACCCCACCAGACAGCUGUACAUCUCUGCAAAGCAAGGAGAGCUCCAGAAGGUCAUCCAUCUCCUAGUUGAUGGGAAGGACCCCAACUUUAUGAUGGAGGGCCAAAACAAACGCACCCCUCUCCAUGCAGCAGCUGCUGAGGGUCACCAGGAGAUCUGCCACAUGCUGGUUCAGGCUGGAGCCAACCUGGACAUGUUUGAUGAGGAGCAGAGAACACCACUGAUGGUGGCCUGUGAAAACAACCACCUGGACACAGUGCAGUACCUGCUGAGAGCCGGAGCAUCCGUCAGCCACAAGGACAUCAUGGGUUUCACCUGUCUGCAUCUGGCAGCUAAACUGGGACAUUAUGACAUAGUCCAUCACCUGCUCUCCAAGGCAUCCAAAUACGUCAACUGUCAGGAUGACGGGGGGUGGACUCCCAUCACCUGGGCCAUCGAGUACAAGCACAAGGAGCUGGUCCACCUGCUGUUGUCCAGAGGGGCCGAUGUUAACAUCAGAGACAAGGAAGAGAAUGUGUGCCUGCACUGGGCGGCUCUAUCGGGUUGCGUUGACAUCGCGCAGGCUCUGCUGGAGGCUCGGUGUGACCUCAGUGCUGUCAACGUUCAUGGUGACUCACCGCUUCAUGUCGCUACCAGGGAGAACCACCUGGAGUGUGUCAUGUUGCUGCUGUCUCAUGGAGCUGACGUCAAUCAGAGGAACAGGGACGGAGACGCAGUCCUGGACUGCUGUGUCUACGGCUGCGAGGUGUGGACGGCCCUCAACACCAACAAGAAGCUGACUGAUGCCAGGAGAGGCAGGGACUGUCAAGGAGAAAGACUGCUCAGCAGGGACAUUUCUCGAGGGUACGAGGCAGUUCCUAUCACCUGUGUUAACAGUGUCGACAGCGAGCCGUGCCCUGAAAACUUUAAAUACGUACCAGACAACUGUGUCACCUCCCCACUGAACAUUGACAAGGACAUCACUCACCUACAGCACUGCAGCUGUACAGACGACUGCUCGUCCAGUACCUGUGUGUGUGGUCAGCUCAGUCUGCGAUGUUGGUAUGACAGCGAGGGUCGACUACCUCUGGACUUCUGUCAGCGGGAGCCCCCUGUGCUGUUUGAGUGUAACCACGCCUGCUCCUGCUGGAGGACCUGCAGGAACCGAGUGGUCCAGAACGGACUGAGAGCCCGGCUGCAGCUCUACAGGACACACAAGAUGGGCUGGGGAGUGAGGGCCAUGCAGGAUAUCCCUCAAGGGACAUUCAUUUGCGAGUAUGUUGGGGAGAUCAUCGCUGACGCAGAGGCAGACAAAAGGGAGAACGACUCUUUCCUCUUCACCCUCGACAAUAAGGUGGGGGACGUACACUGUAUUGAUGCAAGACUCUUUGGCAACAUUGGCCGCUUCAUCAACCAUCUGUGUGAGCCCAACGUGCUGGCUGUGAGGGUGUUCACCAUGCACCAGGAUUUACGCUUCCCCAGGAUCGCCUUCUUCUCCAGCAGGCCCAUCAAAGCUGGAGACCAGAUAGGGUUUGACUAUGGCGAUCACUACUGGAGGGUGAAGAGCAAGUUCUUCAGCUGCCAUUGUGGUUCUGUCAAGUGUCGCCACUCAGCUGCUAGCAGAUAGAAACUCACUGACGACCACGAUCCCUCUUUCUGCCUGGACACAUUCUGUGACCUCUCUAGAGCCAGAAACACUGCCUUCUGAACCAGAUACCACAUAAGAUUAUGCAAACACCAGUGGGAUUUAUUUAUACACCGAAUAAGGUUACUUUUCUAUAUGAAGAACACUGCCUGAAAUACUCUGUGAGAGUAGUUUAACUCGUUUUAAAGAGCCAACGGUCAGGUUAAAAAAAAUCUUAACAGAUGAUUUUAACAUUCAUGCAUUCUUCAAUUAAUACUGCAAAGUGUUGUAUUUGUGGAUUAAUGAAGUGAAGUAAUGUUUUGGUAGUCUGGUCUCAUCUAUGAACAUGCUUUUUACUACAUGUCUAAUUAGAAAUGAAUAAACAUUUUUAAAGCAUC